CCCCCUCUCUUUCAAGUGAAAAACCAACCUCUCUGUGCUUUAUCUCUGCACAAUAAAAUCAUAAAAGAAAACCCUAUCUUUAGUUUUUGCAGUUUUGUUCAAAAUCCAAAUUCUUGGCUUUUUUCAAAAACAAAACCUUUCUUUCUUUCUCUUUUGUAAGUGAAUAGUGUUGACUGUUCUGUGAGAGAGAGAGAGGUUUUGUCUGUUUUAAGAAAUGUCGACACAGACACGCCGCCCGUCGUUUUCGUCUUCGACGACGUCGUCUUUGGCAAAGCGUAACGCUUCUUCGUCGUCCUCGGAGAAUGCUGUGGGGAAGUCUACGGCCUUGACGGCGAGGAAGCGUGCGCCUCUUGGUGAUAUCACCAAUCAUAAAAAUGUGACUCAGAAAGGGUCAAGAACUUCGAUUCCAUCUUCUACCUUGGCACCAUGUUCCAAUAAAAUUGCUAAGGUGAAAAAGGGCACUCCUGCUUGCACCAGCAACACAGCCACAGCCUUCUCUGGGAGCAAUUUACCUGCAUCUUUAAAUGUGAAAUCAAGUGCAAUUUCUACAUGCAAGGUUCCAUCUGUGCCAAGAAAUGAUGAGGCAGUACGUAGUAUUAGUGUGGAUCCUGUUCCAUGUAGCAUGGAUGUCUCUCCAAGUAAAUCAGAUGCAAUUUCAGUUUCCUUGGAUGAAACAAUGUCUUGUGAUUCUUUCAAGAGCCCUGAAGUUGAGUACAUGGAUAACAAUGAUAUUCCAGCAAUCGAUUCCAUCAAUAAGAAGACACUCAGCAAUCUCUACAUCUCAGACCAUGUGCAAACAGCAGAAAAUUUGUGCUGCAGAGAUAUACUUACCGAUAUGGAUACAGAUGAUAAAAUUGUUAAUCUAGAUGACAAUUAUGAGGACCCACAGCUUUGUGCCACAAUGGCUUGUGAUAUCUACAAACACUUGCGUGCAUCAGAGACAAAGAAAAGGCCUUCCACGGACUUCAUGGAAAGAAUUCAGAAAGACAUAAAUUCCAGCAUGCGUGCAAUACUCAUUGAUUGGCUUGUGGAGGUGGCUGAAGAAUACAGGCUGGUACCUGAUACAUUAUAUUUGACUGUGAACUACAUAGAUCGGUAUCUUUCAGGGAAUGUGAUGAACAGGCAAAAACUCCAGUUGCUUGGCGUUGCCUGCAUGAUGAUUGCUUCAAAAUACGAGGAAAUUUGUGCACCCCAGGUGGAAGAGUUUUGCUAUAUCACAGACAACACCUAUUUUAAGGACGAGGUUCUGGAAAUGGAAUCUGCUGUUCUGAAUUACUUGAAGUUUGAAAUGACAGCUCCUACAGCAAAAUGUUUUCUCAGGCGAUUUGUUCGUGCUGCUCAAGGAGUCAAUGAGGUUCCAUCAAUGCAGUUGGAGUGCUUGGCCAAUUACAUCACAGAAUUAUCUCUCCUAGAGUACACCAUGCUUGGCUAUGUUCCAUCGCUCAUUGCUGCUUCUGCAAUUUUCUUGGCUAAAUACAUACUUCUUCCUUCUAGAAGACCAUGGAAUUCUACCUUGAAGCAUUACACACUGUACCAGCCUUCUGACUUGAGCGAUUGUGUUAAGGAUCUUCACCGCUUGUGCUGUAAUGGUCAUAAUUCUACGUUACCUGCAAUUAGAGAGAAAUACAGUCAGCACAAGUACAAAUUUGUAGCAAAGAAAUACUGCCCUCCUUCAAUACCUCAAGAAUUUUUCCACGACCAAGGCUACUGAGACAGUUCAAUGACUCUUCCAAUGCUCUGUUGGAUAAACUUGAACUGAACCACCUCAUUUUUAAUGGCCUUCUCUGGUUCCAAGAAAUGGAAUUCAAAUCACUGUAUCAAAUCUUGGGCCCUGAAAAUGUUGGGGGUAGAAUGCCAGUAGUUUUUAUGCAGAAGGUUUUAGGAUAUAUGCUGGGUGUAGUCUUUCAGCAAAGAUGAUAAUGCUUGAUAGGCUUGUAUGAUAUUUUCUUCUUUCUUGUUUAGUGCAUUCUUUUCUAGUUUCUGAA